UGCUCUCUCACUCAGAAUGAGAGAAUCAUUUAUCAGGACUUCUAUUCAUUCAGGUUCUGCUUUUCCAGUCAAAACAAAUGUGACAGUUUUGAAUAACUUUCUAAAAAGUUCCUAGUUUUGGUCCGACUUGCAGCAAAAUGUCAGGGGACUCUCUGGUAGGUGGCUCCUUUGUGGUAGCAGACUAUUUGGUGUUUGCUCUCAUGCUUGUGCUGUCCGCUGCCGUCGGAGUCUACUAUGCCUGGGCGGACAGGGGCCAGCGAAACUCAGGGGACUUCCUAAUGGGGGGUCGAAGAAUGACAGCCCUGCCUGUCUCCAUGUCCCUGACUGCCAGCUUCAUGUCCGCCAUCACAGUGCUGUCCAACCCAGCCGAGGUAUACCGCUACGGAGCCAUUAUUGGAUUUUAUGGUCUCUCCUAUGUUAUGACUAUGGUGGUCGUAUCUGAGGUCUUCCUCCCAGUCUUUUACAGGCUGGCCAUCACCAGCACAUAUGAUUACCUGGAGCUGCGUUUCAGCAGAGCAACCCGUCUGCUGGGAACUUUGCUCUUCAUUGUUCAGACAAUCCUCUACACUGGAAUCGUCAUUUACGCCCCAGCUCUUGCUUUAAACCAAGUAACUGGUAUGGAUCUGUGGGGUGCAGUUAUUUCCACGGGCGUGGUCUGCACCUUUUACUGCACGAUGGGUGGUCUGAGGGCGGUGGUGUGGACAGAUGUGUUUCAGCUUGGUGUCAUGCUUGCAGGCUUCCUGUCUGUCAUCAUCAGGUCUGUGGUCUUACAAGGUGGUGUCCUCCCCAUCAUCUCAGAUUCACAACAAGGAGGGAGACUCAACUUUUGGGACUUUGACACGAACCCUCUGAGGAGACACACUUUUUGGACCAUAACCAUUGGAGGGACAUUUGUCUGGGUCAGUAUCUAUGGGAUCAACCAGGCCCAGGUUCAGAGAUACAUCUCCUGCAAGAGCAUCACUCAUGCCAGACUAUCUCUGUACAUCAACCUGUUAGGCCUGUUGUCCAUCUUGCUGUGCUCAGUGUUUGCAGGAAUGUGCCUCUUCUCAGUCUAUAAGAACUGUGACCCAUGGACAGCUGGACUGGUUUCUGCUCCUGAUCAGUUGAUGCCAUAUUUGGUGAUGGACAUCUUGGGAGACUAUCCUGGCCUUCCUGGAUUGUUUGUUGCAGCUGCGUAUAGUGGAUCUCUAAGCACAGUGUCUUCCAGCAUCAAUGCACUGGCUGCAGUGACAGUCGAGGACCUGAUCAAACCGUACACUAACAUGUCUGAGAAACACCUGUCCUGGACCUCAAAAGGACUGAGCGUCUUGUAUGGGGUUUUAUGUAUUGGAAUGGCUGGACUGGCUUCACUCAUGGGAGGGAUCUUGCAGGCGGUCAUCAGUAUAUUUGGGAUCGUUGGAGGCCCUUUACUUGGCCUGUUUACGUUGGGUAUCAUCUGUCCAUUUGCCAACUCCAAAGGAGCUUUAACAGGUCUUGCAUCAGGGUUGGUUGUGUCUCUGUGGGUGGGCAUCGGAGCCCAGAUAUACCCUCCCCCUCCUGAGAUGAGCCGACCUCUGUCCCUGACCACUGAGGGAUGUAACUUCACCGCUACAGAAAGCCUCAAUUGGACCUCCACUGCUCUACCAACACAGCUGACCUCCAUCACCACAGCCCCAGUGCACAACAUUGAUGGCAAGCCUCUGCUGGCAGAUACCUGGUACUCUCUGUCCUAUCUUUACUUCAGUCCUAUUGGAACCAUAAUAACUAUCAGUGUGGGACUAUUAGUCAGUCUGUUUACAGGAGGCCGGAAGCUGAAGGUUGAAUCGAGGCUUACAUUAAUGAAAGAAGACAUAACUUUUUAUCACCUAUGCAGGUUUUUUAAAGAGAGAGUCAUGGGACGAACAGGAAAGCUUGACCUAACAAGGGACAGAGAGAAGACACUGGGCAACACUAAUCCCACUUUCUAUGACGUUGAGCUGAACUCAGCAAAAAGGAGCAUCCCCACAUGAAAUUUAACUGUUUGUUGUAUAAUUUCUGUAUUAAAUCAUGUUUUUUGUCUAUGGUGUAAUACAAGAAAUGUAAAUGAAGGAGAAAAAUGGCGUGCAUAUCUAUAAUUUGUUGGCGCCCGUGGGCCACAUCUGGUCCAGAAACAACCUCCGUGUGGGCCAGUAUACACAUAUCUACACUACACUAAAACAUCUGUUUAGUUUAUUAUCACGCUGCAGCCCCACACUCAUGCACACAUAAACAUGGAGUGAAGUCACGGAGCAAAUCUGGAGAUUACUCAGAUUGACUCAUUACUGUUAGCAAGUGGAAUAAAGCCUUCACAAGUAAAAAGCCAAUACUUUAUCAAUACACCUGUUUAAUAAGCAUGAACAUAUAGACAGCAAUAGUUUAAUUUGCUCAGUCUCUCAUCCAUUGCAGCUGUGUUUUGGUUUUACACAAGCACAGCGUGCUAGCUAAUGGAGAAUUGUUUCAAACAAGCUAAAAUGAAAGCUGCCUGUAGUCUAACUGUUUAGCAUGGUUUGCUACACGUCUUACAAUUUCGCAAGUCCUUGUAAACAUAGCUGCUGACUGAGACAAACGGACUCUUUCUAAACUUCACACAGUAUUUUAAAGUCAGGAAUGUGAUUUAUUUUGAUGUUUUAGAUUUGUUUCCAGAGAGAUAUUAUCCUGGGUUUAUAUAGUGACGUUGCUGUUGUAAAUACUGUUUUCUGCUCUAGAAAUCACAUUUAGUUAUUAUUAAAUAUUCAAUUAUAAUCCUGUUCUGAAAUUUUUUAAAUGAUGACUGAUAAGGAAUAUCAAUAAAAUCCUACACUGUAAGACAUUUCAGGUUAGUGUAACUUGAAAAUGUAAGUUUGCUCAACUUGAA